CAGGAGUUGACACUGACAUCUGAGACCUUUGCUUAUGAGGCAGGAGCACCGUGCUUGACGCAGCAGGCCCCAGGAAACAGGCACCGAAUGAGUUCGUAGCUUUUGAGUAAUCUAGUGACCCUUUAUUGAGCACGUGCUGAACACAGCCAAGCCCCAAGGCUGCACUUUGGCGUGACUUGCAAUCGAGUAGGGACCGUUUCUCAAACUCGAGGUAGAAGUGAGAGUUCAGAUAAGUGAGGCCUCCAUUGCUGCUGCAACGCCUCAGAAGGGGAGGAUGGAUUUAUCGGGAGUGAAAAAGAAGAGCUUGCUAGGAGUCAAAGAAAAUAAUAAAAAGUCCAGCACUAGGGCUCCUUCUCCGACGAAGCGCAAAGACCGCUCCGAUGAGAAGCCCAAGGAUCGCUCUAAAGAUAAAGGGGCCACCAAGGAGUCCAGCGAGAAGGAUCGUGGCAGGGACAAAACUCGGAAGAGACGCAGCGCGUCGAGUGGCAGCAGCAGCACCAGGUCGCGCUCCAGCUCCACGUCCAGCUCGGGCUCCAGCACCAGCACUGGCUCCAGUAGUGGCUCCAGCUCCUCGUCGGCGUCCAGCCGCUCGGGCAGCUCCAGCUCAUCCCGCAGUUCCAGCUCCAGCAGCUCCUCAGGCUCUCCAAGUCCUUCUCGGCGCCGACAUGACAACAGGCGGCGUUCCCGCUCCAAGUCCAAGCCGCCCAAGAGAGACGAGAAGGAGAGGAAGAGGCGCAGCCCCUCUCCCAAGCCCACUAAGGUGCACAUCGGGAGGCUCACCAGGAACGUGACCAAGGACCACAUCAUGGAGAUCUUUUCCACUUACGGGAAGAUCAAAAUGAUCGACAUGCCUGUGGAAAGAAUGCACCCCCAUCUGUCGAAAGGCUACGCAUAUGUGGAGUUCGAGAAUCCUGAUGAGGCUGAGAAAGCGCUGAAGCACAUGGACGGCGGACAAAUCGAUGGCCAGGAGAUCACUGCCACGGCUGUGCUGGCCCCCUGGCCUCGACCCCCCCCCAGGCGAUUCAGCCCCCCCAGGAGAAUGCUGCCGCCCCCCCCAAUGUGGCGCCGCUCGCCCCCACGCAUGAGGAGACGGUCUCGCUCCCCACGGCGCAGGUCCCCUGUGCGCCGACGCUCUCGCUCACCUGGCCGCCGCCGCCACCGGAGCCGGUCCAGCUCCAACUCCUCCCGAUAAGCAGAGCCCCUGGAGCUCUGUCCCCUGUAACUUAUUCCCAUCCCACUCAGUUUGUCACUUUCCCGGUGGAAAGAAAUCCCUCACUCAGGGGCAGAUGUCCAAGCCAAUUGAGAUGCGUCCUCCAGAGUCUCUGCAGAAGCGCUGGCUUGG